GAUCGUCACUUCCGGUCAGGUUUAGGUCUUUAGGGCCUAAGGAGCAGGCGGGGCCUGGUCUGUCAGCCGCUGUUGGGCUGCGCUGAGAUAUGCAGGAACAUCCUUGUGCGUCGUCUUUGGUGCAUUAGCAAGAAUUUCUAAAGGGCACGUACCUUCAAUUUGGUUUCCUGUUCCAGGGCUUCGAAGAGUUUCAGCUCUGCCAGGUUAUAUAGGUGCACUUUGUGUAUCUACUUGGGGAGUUUUUUGCAUCCAGUAGGGAACAGAGUCUACCUGGGAGGCCAAGUGCUGAGGCCAACUGCGGGAGGGGCCGGCCAGUGACUGGCUCCUGCAUCCAUCCCAGGAAGCCCAGGGUACCAGGGGAUGGCAGCUUUGCAUCUGUGUGCCCUGCCUCAGGCUGAAGUGACCUUCGAGGACGUGGCCGUGCUUCUUUCGCAGGAGGAGUGGGGCCUUCUGGGCCCUUCUCAGAAGGGCCUCUACAGGGAAGUGAUGCUGGAGACUUACAGGAACCUGCUAUCGCUAGGAGCUGGACUCGCAGAUCCCAAGCCGGAGGUGAUUGUACAGUUGGAGCGAGGGGAUGAGCUGUGGGUGCUGGACAUGCAUGGGGCAGAGCAACCAAGCGUGGAUGGCUCAGCUCAUGGGACCAGGACUGAGAACCAGGAGGUGACUUCAGGCGAAAUGCUGUUUGGGAGAGAACUGGACGCACUCAGGGGGAGUGUUCUCCAGGGACCUGAGCCAGGAGAAGUCCAUGAGCGUGUCGGGGAGCCAGAGGGGUGCCUGGACAGGCCUGGGGAGCAGAGAGGCCCCAGGCUAGUCACACUGGCCAAUGAGGAAUGUGGCCUGGAGUCUGGAGGAAACCUCAGGUCGGGGUCAAGGCCUAUCCCUGAUCAAAGACCUCACAAAUGUGAUAUAUGUGAGCAGAGUUUUGAACAGAGAUCAUACCUUAAUAACCAUAAACGUGUACACAGGUGCAAAAAAACAAAUAUAGUUCACGUUUCAGGGGAAAUUUUCCCUGUGAAUUUAGUUGUUAAAGAAGAUCAGAAAAUUCCUGUUGGGAAAAGAUUGCAUUAUUGCGGUUGUUGUGGGAAGGCCUUCAGGUACAGUGCUAACCUUAUCAAGCACCAGCGACUACACAGUGAAGAGAAGCCCUACAAGUGUGAAGAGUGCGGGAAGGCCUUCCGCCAGAGCUGUGAGCUCAUCAGUCACCGGAGGAUGCACUCUGGAGAGAUCCCCUACCGUUGCAAUGAGUGCGGGAAGACAUUCAACCAGAGGCCCAACCUCAUGAAGCAUCAGAGGAUCCACACUGGGGAGAAGCCCUACAAGUGCGGCGAGUGCGGGAAGCACUUCAGUGCCUAUUCCUCCCUCAUUUACCACCAGAGGAUCCACACAGGGGAGAAGCCCUACAAGUGCAGUGACUGCGGGAAGGCCUUCAGCGAUGGCUCAAUCCUCAUCAGGCACCGUCGGACCCAUACUGGAGAGAAGCCAUAUGAGUGCAAAGAGUGUGGCAAAGGCUUUACCCAGAGCUCCAAUCUGAUCCAGCAUCAAAGAAUUCACACUGGGGAAAAACCCUAUAAAUGUAAUGAAUGUGAGAAAGCCUUCAUCCAAAAAACCAAACUUGUUGAACAUCAGAGAAGCCACACUGGAGAGAAGCCCUAUGAGUGUAAUGACUGUGGCAAAGUCUUCAGCCAGAGCACCCACCUCAUCCAGCACCAGAGGAUCCACACAGGAGAGAAACCCUAUAAGUGCAGUGAUUGUGGGAAGGCUUUCCAUAACAGUUCCAGACUCAUUCACCAUCAGAGGUCACACCACGGAGAGAAGCCAUAUAAGUGUGCUGAUUGUAAGAAGGCCUUCAGCCAGGGCACAUACCUCCUGCAGCACCGGAGGAUCCACACUGGGGAGAAGCCUUACACGUGUGGCGAGUGUGGCAAGGCCUUCCGGCACAGCUCCAACAUGUCCCAGCACCAGAGGAUUCACCUCCGGGAAGACUUCUCCCUGUGACUGUCUGUGACGUGCUUCCCCCGUGUGACCGCCCUCUCUUUACUUACUGUUCACAUGGUGUCACAGGUGAACAGGCACUUCUAAUUUUAAAAAGCCUCUUUUCUUAAAAGCAGUGCAUGUUCAUUUUAGAGAAGUUGAGUAGAAAAAGGUAAGCAAAAGGGAGAAGCCCUGUGGCCUACCCUUAGAAAGAGAACUCACCACUAUUGCGAUCAGUGUAGGUUGUGUCCAGACACUCAAACAACAUCCACAAGAGAAGUACUGUGGAACUUGUGAGUGCAGCUCCUGUUUCCUCAGUCCUGGAAAACUCACACUGGAGAGUUCUAUGUGUUUAUGUGGUUUUACACCUUGUAAAUUUAAAAACAGCAUGUUGUUCAUACUUUCCUAUGUCACUUAAUAGAGUCGAUACUGCCUUUUUUAUUGUGGUAAUAACAUUGUAUGUUAGUCACUCAGUCGUGUCUGACUCUUUGUGACCCCAUGGAUUGUAGCCCAUCAGGCUCCUCUGUCUAUGGGAUUCUCCAGGCAAGAAUACUGGAGUGGGUUGCCAUUUCCUUCCCAAGUGAAAACAUUACAUUUACCAUUUUAACCAUUUUUAAGUGUACAACUCAGUGGUACUAGAUACAUUCACAGUGUUGUAUGACCAUCAGCAAAUCUGUUUCCAAAACUUUUUUAAUACAGACAGAAACUCUGCACUCUUCCCCUUUUCCUUAUUCUCGCUCUUAAGAAUUUGCUUACUCUAAAGGACCUCGUGUAAGUGAGGUCACACAUUAGCCUUUGUGUCCUGGCUCAUUUCACUUAGCGUAAGGUCUCUUCAUGGCUGAAGCGUACUCCAUUGUUUGCAGACACCAUGUUUUGUUCACCCGUGGUCAUCUGUUGAUGGGUUAUGGGUGUUUCUGCUUGUUGACUUUGUGCAUAAUGCUGCUGUGAACAUUGGUGUACAAAUCUGUGCUUGUACUUUCCAUCCUUCCAAUACUUUGGGAUAUAAUCCCAGGAAUAAAGUUGAUGGAUCAUAUGGUAAUUCUUUUAAGUUUUUGAAGAAUGACCAAACUUUCCCACAAUGGCAGUGUCAUUUUACAUCCCCACUGUCAGUUCGUGAAGGUUCCAGUUUCUCCAUCUCUUCCUCAGUACUUGUUUUCCAUUGUUUUGAUAUUAGUCAUUCUGAUGAGUGUGAAGUGGUAUCUCAUUUGCUUUUGGUUUGCAUUUCCCUGAUGACUAAUGAUAUUGAGCAUCUUUUCAUGUGCUUAUUGACUAUUUAUUUUUAUGUCUUCUUUGGAGAAGUGCCCAUUUUUGAAUUGGGCUGUUUUUGUUGUUGAGGUUCUUUAUGGAGUUCUUUAUGUAUUUUGAAGGGUAAUCUUUUUAAUUUUCCCUUUAAAAAAAUAUUUUAUUGAAGUAUAGUUGACUUACAGUGUUUCAGGUGUACAGCAUGGUGAUUCAGUUAUACAGAUACACAUAUUAUUUUUGAAAUUAUUUUCCAUCAGAGGUUAUACAAGAUGUUGACUAGUUUCCUAUGCAGUAAACCUUUGUUGCUUGUUGCAUGUGUAUUUUUUAAUUAAAAAUCUAGCAUUCUAUUCAAAUGAAAGGGGUAAUCUUUAUCAGACUAAUAAUACUUGCAAAUAUUUUCUCAUUCUGAGUUUUCUGUCUACUCUCUUGAUAGUGUCCUUUCAUUCACAAAAGUUUUUAAUGUUUAUGAAGUUCAGCUUAUCUAGAGCAUCUCUGGUGGCUCAGUAGUAAAGAAUCUGCCUGUCAGUGGAGGAGACGUGAGUUCAAUCCCUGAUCCGGGAACAUGCCCACAUGCCCUGGAGCACCCAAGCCUGUGCGCCGAACUCAGAGCUUGUGCUCUGGAGCUCACUAGCCCUAGAGCCCCUGCUCUUCGACAAGAGAAGCAAUGAGAGAUGCCUGUGCACAGCUGCUCGCUCCAACUAGAGAAAAAGCCCACACAGCAGUGAAGAGCCAGCACAGCCAAAACAAAAACACUUACCUGUUUUUUCUCUUGUUGCCUGUGCUUAGGGUGUCAUGUUCAGGAAAUCAUUUAUUAAAUCCAAUAUUAUGAA